AAAACAAAGCUUACAACUUUACUUCGUAUUUAUAGUGGAAGUGGAUAAUCCCAUUGCUAAAACCAUCCUCUGAGUUCUAACAAAUCAACUGAAUCUCACUUCUUUAACCCCAAAUCUUUACUACAUGUCGUCUACAGCCGGCCUUGUGAUCCCCUGUACAGCGGCGGUUGCAUGGGAGGCAGGGAAGCCGUUGGUGAUGGAGAGGGUGGAGGUUGCUCCACCUCAGGCCAUGGAAGUUAGGAUCAAGAUCAAAUAUACUUCACUUUGCCACACUGAUCUCUACUUCUGGGAAGCCAAGGGCCAGACACCUUUGUUCCCUCGAAUUUUCGGCCAUGAAGCAUCUGGAAUCGUUGAGAGUGUUGGGGAAAGCGUUGAAGGCCUCGAGGUUGGUGAUCAUGUGCUACCUGUUUUCACCGGGGAGUGUGGGGACUGUGCGCAUUGCAAGUCUGAGGAAAGCAACAUGUGUGACCUGUUAAGAAUAAAUACAGACAGAGGGGUCAUGCUAAGUGAUGGGAAAACGAGGUUUUCUAUAAAUGGGACUCCGAUUAAUCACUUCCUCGGCACAUCCACCUUCAGUGAAUACACUGUUAUUCAUUCCGGCUGCCUUGCCAAGAUCAAUCCCCUGGCUCCUUUGGAUAUAGUUUGCAUCCUCAGCUGUGGCAUCUCGACAGGUUUGGGUGCCACUCUGAAUGUAGCAAAACCGAAAAAGGGAUCUUCAGUUGCUAUCUUUGGACUUGGGGCUGUUGGGCUGGCUGCUGCUGAAGGUGCAAGAAUUUCUGGGGCAUCACGGAUUAUUGGGGUUGACAGGAAUCCCAAGAGGUUUGAGGAAGCCAGGAAAUUUGGAGUGAAUGAGUUUGUGAAUCCAAAGGACCAUGACAAACCAGUCCAGGAGGUUAUUGCUGAGAUGACAAAUGGUGGAGCUGACAGGAGCAUAGAGUGCACCGGCAAUAUUAAUGCCAUGAUCUCGGCUUUUGAAUGUGUUCAUGAUGGUUGGGGUGUGGCUGUGCUUGUUGGAGUACCGAACAAGGAUGCAGUCUUCAUGACUAAGCCCAUUAAUGUGCUUAAUGAAAGGACGCUUAAGGGAACUUUUUUCGGGAACUACAAACCUCGGACAGACCUUCCUUCGGUUGUCGAAAUGUACAUGAACAAGAAAUUGGAAGUAGAGAAGUUUAUAACGCAUCGGGUGCCUUUCUCAGAAAUCAAUAAAGCCUUUGAUUACAUGACAAAGGGAGAAGGCUUGCGGUGCAUCGUUAGCAUGGAAGAGUAGCUAUCAGUUCAUAAAUAAACUUCAUCAAGUUUCCAACUUCGAUGGAACAACUUUAGUGUUGCCCAAAGUAUGCAGUGUUACACUGCUUAAGCGAUCUUCUAUGUUUAAUCUACGAAUGUUAUGUCAAGUUGGGUUCAAAUAAGUACUUAUCGACUCGUUUUUUUCGUAA